AUGCUCCAGGAGAAAAGCCUGUCUGAAACCGAGGAAGGGUUUCCAACAGCCCCCGCGCCCGGCCAUGCGGACACCUCCGCCGGCUCCCCCGUCCUCGGCGUAGCCGGGGGGAGCAGCACGCCGCUCAGCAGCCCGCAGCUCCCCGACCCCGAGCAGACAAUAGAAAAUAUCAAAGUCUAUCUCCAUGAGAAGGAGCUAUGGAAGAAAUUUCAUGAAGCUGGCACGGAAAUGAUAAUAACCAAAGCAGGCAGGAGGAUGUUUCCCAGUUACAAGGUCAAGGUGACUGGGAUGAACCCCAAGACCAAGUACAUUUUGUUGAUCGACAUCGUCCCGGCUGACGACCACCGCUACAAAUUCUGUGACAACAAAUGGAUGGUGGCUGGGAAGGCCGAGCCGGCCAUGCCGGGCAGGCUGUACGUGCACCCCGACUCCCCGGCCACAGGAGCCCACUGGAUGAGGCAGCUGGUGUCCUUCCAGAAGCUCAAGCUCACCAACAACCACCUGGAUCCAUUUGGACACAUCAUCCUUAAUUCAAUGCACAAGUACCAGCCGCGGCUGCACAUUGUGAAGGCGGACGAGAACAACGCCUUCGGCUCCAAGAACACGGCUUUCUGCACCCACGUCUUCCCAGAGACCUCCUUCAUCUCUGUCACCUCCUACCAGAACCACAAGAUAACCCAGCUGAAAAUUGAGAACAACCCCUUUGCCAAGGGCUUCCGGGGCAGCGACGACAGCGACCUGCGCGUGGCACGGCUCCAAAGCAAAGAAUAUCCAGUCAUUUCCAAAAGCAUCAUGAGGCAGAGGUUGGUGUCCAGUCAUGGCCAGCUGUCAGCAAAGCCAGAUGUUAACCCUCUCCAUGGGAACCACCAGAGCCUGCAGCAUUACCAGUAUGAGAAUGGUGCUCACAUGCAGUUUGCAGCUUCAGAUACUCAAGAUCUGCCACUCAACACCUUCACAGCACAGAGAGAUUCAGGGCUCUUCUACCAUUGUCUAAAAAGAAGAGAAAGCGCUCGGCACCUGGACCUGCCCUGCAAGCGCUCCUACCUGGACGCCUCGUCCUCGGUGGGGGACGAUCACUAUUUCCGCUCGCCGCCGCCCUACGAGCAGCCGAUGCUGAGCCCGUCCUACUGCGGCGAGGUGGCCCCCAGGGAGGCCUGCAUGUACUCUGGCUCCGGCGCCGACAUCGCCGCCGUCUCGGCCGUCGACGAUUUACCGCCUCCCCCUCCUCCGCUGAGCUGCAACAUGUGGACUUCAGUGGCACCUUACACCAGCUACAGCGUGCAGGCCGUGGAGACUGUGCCCUACCAGCCCUUCCCGCCGCACUUCCCCGCCGCGCCCGUGCUGCCGCGGCUGCCGGCCAUGGCGGGCCAGGGCUCGCAGCCGCCGGGGAGCGGCCCCUUCGGCGUCUACAACCAGCUGGGCCCGGCCGCGGCCCGCGAGCGCGGCCCGGCCGCCUCCUUCCCGCCCCGCGAGCGGGUGCACCCGGCCGUGUGCGAGAGGAAGCCGCCCUCGCCGCACCUGAACGCGGCCAACGAGUUCCUGUACUCGCAGGGCUUCUCGCUCUCCAGGGAGGCGUCGCUGCCCUACCAUUCAGGGAUGGGGGCUGUGGAGAACUGGACCGACGGGUGAGCCCGCGCCGCGGCCUUGCUGCUCCGGGACGCUGCGGGCAGCGCUGACGCCUGUGGGUAACUUGCACUUCGGUGAGACACGCGUGCGCUUCCAGAGGGAUCUGUGUGGGUGAAGAGCUUGUGUCUUCAGGCACACACAGAGUUCCGUCUCCUGUCUCAGGGGGCUGGAUUCAUCAGGCUCUUAGUGACUCCCAAAUAAAUUCAUUCUUGUGUCUUCAUCCAGUAGAAACCAUCUUGACUAACGAGUGACCUAGCUAGUCAUGUUCUUUUGCUUGUAACGUCAAACAUCCGUGAGCAAAUUUUGGCUAUUUGGGAAAAAUACGAGCUUCGCUUUUACGGUCCUUGGCUCAGGAAGCCGCAGCCUCCCGAGGCUCCGAGGAAAAGGCCGCUCCAGGACUGCCGUGCAGCGCUUCUCCAGCCCUUCUGUCCGGGGAUUCCCGCUGCUCCGGGGCCGCGGGCACGGGACCGGCACCGUGCACGGACGGCUCCCCCGACCCCACGACACCGGUCGUGGCUGUGGGAAGCAAAGUGAAGAGUUAAGUCCGAGGCCAAAUUCGUUGCAGCGUUAGGAACAUUCCCAGUGUCUUCAGACUCCCAUCCCUUGAUUGAAUCACAUUUGCUUAUUGCAAUAUAUUUAUGAAGUUUAAGCUUAAAAGUCGCUAAUACUUUCCAGAACCAAUUUCUGUAUUUGCUGGUCCUUGAUUUCUUUCGUAUUCAGCUGAAACGUGCCUUUUGUGCUGUGUUCUUUCCUUUUGCAUCUAGCUCAGACAGAAUUGUCUUCGGCCUGAAGGAGGCCUGGAGGAACAUUUCCUAAUGAUGGGUGGGGAGGGAAGAGCUCCCGUGGCCCGUCAGGCUUCACAGUGCACAGAUAUUUGCAGAACAGGUAAAAUCUUCACAGUGCACAGAUAUUUGCAGAACAGGUAAAAUCUUCACAGUGUACAGAUAUUUGCAGAACAGGUAAAAUCUGUCACCAGGGCACUCGUGGCUCCCUUUGCUCACGGUGGAAGGUCCGGGCUCACUCCUGGCUGUGCCCUCUGCUGUCCCUGUGAGCUCCUGGGGGAUCCAUCCCAGGGUGGCUCUGAUCAUCCUAGAGAUCCUUUCCAGCCUCGGUGCUUCUGGCAGGGGGGGAAGCAGAGGGACAGAGGGACAGAGGGACAGAGCUCCCACUGCCCUGGCCACAGAACUCUGUCCUGCAGUGUCUGUCCUGCAGGGCUCCCAGCUGUGCCACCAAGGGGACACCGAGGUGAGCUUGUUCCACUGCAGAGCACAAUGUUCAGGCUUUGGUCAUUGACAGUGGGGUUUUAUUCCAUUGUUUCCCAAAGGGGCAAAGGCAGAAAGCUGAAAUGCAGCUUUGGAGCGGGGAGCACAAACACCUCUGUGCUUGGUGAGUCCAUCCCAAGGAGGAGCCUGGUCUGGGGGGGCUGUGACACUCCCCGAGGUCACAUUUCAACCAGGACAGUCCCCUGCACCCACUCAGCAGAAUUCCUGGGUGGCUGCUGGGGAUUUUGUAACCAGAUUUUGGAAAUCACUACAAUUUUUGCAUGCUGAAUAGCUAUUUAUAUACAUAUAUAUUUUAUAUAUAUAUAUAUAUAAAAAAUUAUAUAUAUCACAAAUGCAGGCCACGUGUCCAAUUCAGCUUUGCUUUUAACAAAUGAAAUACUUAAUAAAAAUGAAUGUUGCAAAGGGUUUUUUUUUUUGAAAGACAUCUAUUUAAAUUUUUUUUAUUACACACCUUUGAUGUAAAAACUAAGAAUUGGUUAGACAAAAAAACAUAUAUACUACAGAUAAAUCUUUAUUAGAAACCACAUUAGAUACAGGUGGUAUGGAAUUUUGAAAUGUUUGUUACAUAGCAUGGACAUUUUAUUUUACAUAUCAGAACAUAAAGUCAUUUUACUACUACAAGCUGUCUCUGGGUGCAUUUCAAUAAUUAGUAUAAAAAUGUUCCAUGGUGAAUUCA